AUGUCAAAGGCAAAGUUUUUUAUUUAUGGCGGCGGCAGAUGGCGGGAAGUUGACGAAACCGGCCGCGUCUCCGGUUGGGCCGGAUCGCGGUUUGUUUAUUUGAAGCGCGGUAAAUUGUGUGUGGCAAAUCGAAAAGCGGUGGUGCGAGGCCUCAAUCGGCUGGCUGGUGGGAGACCUAGCACCGUCAAAGUUGGUUUAGCAGUACCACAAAUCAAAAAAGAAGACUUUAAAACGACGAAAGAUGAAGACUCCUCAAAGAUACCAGAGGGCUGCCACUGUUGUAUGCACAGGAGUACUGCUUGCUGUGAAAUGGACGCGAAUUUCAACAAGCUGCUCCAACCGUCGACACACUCGAUAGCCGUGCAAUGCAACCCAACCAGUGAGAUCGCUACGCAAGUCCCGUCUCAGAAUGUACUAAAUGACAAUGAAAUUAUGGAGACGUCCGGUCCCAUUAGACCUAAAGACGGUCUAAAUAUACAAGGAACUAAACAGAAUUACUGUAAGGAGCUAUUGAUCGACGAGACGGAUAUAGAACUGUUCCGCACCUUCAUUCUCAACGAUGCUCUCAAUAUAUUCAACGUGGAUCUUUUGCUGUACGACGCUAACGACGACUACAAACGUCAGGUGUUCUACAAAAUCAAUCCGCUGGUUAACAUCGAGAGAGACAGGCGGAUACAGCGGAUGUUGGAUGCGAACAACCAGAUGCAACAGAAGCAGUUUGCUCAUAUACUCGGCUUGCGUUCCGUCACCGAACCGGUCUCAUAUCAUAAAUACAGUAAGCGAAAACGUAUGAAUGAUGAUAAAGAAAACACGUAUAGAUCGCAGGAGGCGGAUAGUGUGGUGAUAAAUGAUAAAUUUUUCAACAGAAGUGAUAAGGAUAGGGCUAGUGCAGUGAAAGUGAAGAAAGUGUUGAAUAGUGUUAAUAAACUUGGUGAGGGUAGUGCGAAAGGGAGGAAGGUUGGUGUUAAGAAGUGGAGUGGCACUCGGGCAAAAACGAUCCGCGACUACAGCAGCCUCGAAGAUGACGCGAUCGUGUCGUGGAUACUGAAGAACGAGAAGGCGAGCUUCGUGAACGGGAACAGGAUCUGGCAGAUCCUGCAGCCCAUACACCACGAGAGCACGGGCCACUUCAGGACAUGGCAUUCACUGCGCAAUCGCUACUUGCGUUACAUCCUGCCGUCUCUCGGCACGAUGGCCAUCCCGCCAGCUCUGGUGUCGAAUCUACGAGCUGCCGCCUCGGCUGGUGAGAUAAAGGGACGCAAAGUGUCAAGACGCAAUUCAAUUUUCAAAACGGCGCAAGUUCGCAGCGCCUGGACCGCGAAGCCGAAGGACCAGCCGCAGAAUGAGGAGGAACGUUCUACGCCCAGACCUAUCCGAUUGAACAAGGUCCAUUCCCCACCCGGGAACAAACUACCGACCUACUCGGAAAUAACGAGGCGAUUCGCGAUGCGCCAUCGCUCCACACCCAAUUCAACAGAAUCAGAUAAACAGACAAAAAACACAAAACUCGAGAGAAAAAUAGACGCAAAAUUGGAUCUUCAACAAGAAAAGACCGACAUAAUUGACCGACAGAUAGAAAAAAGCACGAACGCAAAGCAAAAGAUUGCAAUCGACGGCUAUGAUUCUGAAAGUGAUGUUUUCAAAAAAAGCCGACACGUCGUUAGGCACAGCCGUCACGCAAGAGACAUAAGGCGCAGCAGUAGACACCUAAAUAAGUCUAGCAGCGAUGAAGAACCAGCUCCAUCUAAACCUAGACCUGAAAAUGAGAAAGACAGAUCGAAUCGCAAUAAUUCGAAAAGUAAUGAAAAUAACAUAAAUAAAUCAGGAAAUAGAGAUAGAUCCAACGAUAACAAAGAUUCUAAAUCGCAUAAACGUAAAAAAGACAGAGAUCUUAAUAAAGAUAGAUCUGAUUAUAAAAAUAAUUCCAACGAUAAUAGAAAAGAUAAACAUGCCAAUGUUAUUAUUAAAGAUAGCGAAGCAGAUAGUGUUGAGAGAAAUCCAACUCGAAGGCAAAGCAGACGUUACGUUAGCGCUGGAAGUACAGACAGAAAUAUUGAACGUAAAUCUAGUAAUGCUCCGUCACAAAUUAAAGAAUCUAAAAACGACAGCAGGAAUUCUCGAAAAUUUAAAGAAAAUGAUCAAAACACAUCGAAAUUACAAGAUGACAGCGGACAAAAUAAAUCACGUGUGAAUGUGUGGAGGACAUUGCGGCGGUCAGUGAACGGACAGUUUUUGAAACUAAGCAAAAGUGACAAGAAAGCUUUCGGCGAUAACCACAGUGGUGAUAAAAAUGAUAAACGGAAUAUGAGUGUUGCAGUAAAACGAGUAUCGCCAAGUGAGAGUCGAAAAACUAGUCCGACAUUGGAUAAAAAUGAAGAACAAUCGACUACGCGAAGUCGGUCGACUCGACAAGGCGAUAGACAUAAAGCUGAGAAAAUUGUGUCCAACGAAAGACCGACUAGUGGCAGUCGAAAAUCCAGCAGACACAAUGGUCCAGUCAAUAAACCAGACCUCGUGAGAGACUCUCAGAACAGACAUAAACAUAAAGAAACGUCAAAUAACUCAAAAGUGGAAGGUAGAAAAGACAAUGAAACAAAGUACGGAGAAAAUUUAAAAAGCAAAAGUAAGAACACAACUAGGAUGAGGGUCCACAACGAUGGUGAUAGAAAAGUAAAUGGAAAACAGAAUAAAGAUAAAAUAGAUAAAGAAAUAUCUUCGGACGAUGAACGUAAUGACCGACAAACCGACCGACAACCAAAGAGAUCACAAAUGAAUAGGAGUAUAAUCAUAAGUAGCUCUGAUACUGACCGACAUAUCAGUAAAGACGCGGACAAAGAAACGCAAAGUUCCAACAGCGAAAAAUCACCAAAAUACAAAGAAAACCACUCAAAUAAAAGCAUUAAUCGAAAAGUGAGAAGGCAAAGUACCGACAGUGACCGACAAUCUGACCGACAAGCUAAGAAACCGCGUAUAACAUACGAAAUAGAAUCAAACUACGGGAGCAGUGAUUUUGUAAAAGACCCACUCUUGAUAAAGAGGAAAAGUCUAGAUAGUUCUAGUAGCGAGUUGGAAUAUAAAAGCCGAAGUUCCAAUCGCCUCAAGUUCGAAGAAGACCUGAGUUCAAGUUCAAUUGUUACCGACGAGUCGAACAGACCGACUCACCGACAGACUAGAUCGAAAAUGACCGACAAAGUUGACCGACAGAAACGGACUAGGCGCCUGUAUAACCCAAAUGCGCCUAUAUGAGGAAUUCUAUUUAUUUGAUAGUUGACAAAAUGUUUUUCACCACUGAAUAUUUGUUGUUUUUUUUUUUGCUUGUUU